AUGGAGCUUCGCGAACGCCACAAAGUGACUGGCGACCCCCGCGAAGUGGAAGCCAGCAGUAUUUGCAAAGAGCCAGCGGACGACAAUUCCGAUGAACUUUUGCGGCUGAAGCAACAGGUCCAUGCCUUGGAGCAGAACCUCCUCGAUCGUGCUUUGGACCAUGAACAGAAACUUGCUGAGCAGCGCUCAAUGCUUGAAGCACAACUCGCUAGCCAGCAAAACCAUUUCAGCAAUGAGUGCGAAAAGUUAUGGAGGGCAAUUUCCCAUGCCAACAUGGUUGGGAGAGCUGCUCCUAGCGCACACUCUGCUGCAGCUUCAGGCGUUUCCCGUCCCCAUGACCCGAGUGCCGCAUCAGUCUUGCGGCAGAUAUAUACUGCAGUUUCCGAGCUGCCGUGA